AUGCCCAACCCCAAGCUCGCCUACGAGGCAAACGAGCCUGCAUUCCUCCAAAAGCUGCGCGGCCAGCAUGGAAAUUCUACCGGUCGCCUGGAACGGCCAGCGCAACGCCCGCGAAGACUGCAGAAGGACGACGACGACGAUGACGAGCCGACCUAUGUGGACGAAGAGAGCAACGAGGUGAUCUCGAAGGAGGAAUACAAGGCCAUGGUGCAGGAGAGCAACCCGGACGACAAUCCUUCUGCCAAAGAUGGUGCAAAGGACGCCACCCAAGCUCGCCCGGCAGAGUCCGCAGCCAAACAACAGAGCAAUCUCACGGAGAUCGGGGCCCAGAAGAAGCGAAAACAGGCCAAGGUGGUGGGCGAUGACCAGGCCGAGCCUGCAGAGACGCAGCCCAAAGCCCCGGUGUCGCGCAAGCCGAAGAAGGCCAAGAAGAUCAAGCUCUCCUUUGAUGAGGAAUGA